UUGAUACAGGAGGAACAACUGGUUUAGAUCCGGCUGAUGUGAUCUGCAGGUUAUGGGAGUCUGAGCUGUCUUGGACUAAGAGCCUACCUUCGUGCUACCAGUGAACUGUAUUGUGGACCUGUAGCGACAUUGGGAAGUGUGUCGGUGGUGUGUACUAAUGAUCAGAAGGAUAACUCUGUGUUAAUUGUAUCAACGUUGUGACUUGCCUUUGUGUGUUUGGGUCUGUGAGCGAUAUCCAGGCUGUGCACAGACAGUUGUUCCCCCUGGCUUUGAAUGCUGAUCACAAUGAAGUUAAUGAGCGUGAAGGUAUUGAGUCUGCUGUCACGAGGUUUUACACUAGGGCAAAGGAACAGGCGGGGAUCAGAGCCAAGAGUCGUGUUUGAAGUUCAACCCUAAUUGUAUUGAUUCACUGGUCCGAACUUCGGCACCGCUGCCAAAAUCAAAGUGCGCAAUUUAUAUUGUUUCGUCCACUGGAGUCAAACGUUCACUACUGGAUAUCUACCUGACAGACUUGACCAGCAGUAACGCAUUCACUUCUGGAUAGUUUUAUUUAUCUACCCAAUAGAGUUAACCUGAUUAUGACGUCACCAAUACCUAGCAACCGAUUUUGUAUCUUUCUCUUGACAUCACUUGUUCUCUGCUGUACCAAACGAGUCGUCAUGACAACGACUGAAUCAAACGACUUAUCUGACUUCAAUUCCUCUACUGGCGGGACCAGCUUCUUGAGAAGAGAUCGUGUCGCAAAUGUCAGUGAAAGGAGCAUCAAGAACGCCGGCGAGUUCAGCGCCAAAGGCUUAACAGAUGAGCAGAGGCUCUUUUACAAGCUGUUUGAGGGUUACGACCCUAACACACGUCCAGUGUACAACGCCUCUGACGCAGUCAGAGUCCUGAUAGGGAUUACUUUAACCCAGAUAUUUGAUCUGGAUGAGAAAAAUCAGGUGCUGACGACCAAUGUCUGGUUGGACCAGCAAUGGAAGGAUCAAAAGUUACACUGGAACCCUGAAGACUUUAAUGGACUCAAAGUUCUAAGAAUUCCUUGUCGACAUUUGUGGAAACCGGAUAUAGUUUUAUACAACAGUGUUGAAGAUUAUACGGACGGUUAUAUGCAGGCACUGGCCAUGGUCCACUCUAAUGGUGAAGUCUUCUGGCCACCCAUUGUGAAGUUUCAAAGCACUUGUCAGGUGGACAUUACAUUUUUUCCCUUUGAUGACCAAAUCUGUAGCAUGAAGCUGGGCUCGUGGGCUUAUGAUGGAUUUCAAGUUGAUGUUGAUAACAGAUCAGUUCCAGUCGACCUAAGUAAUUAUGUCAGUAAUGGAGAGUGGCACCUGAUCAGCGUCACUGCACAACGAAACGUGGUCUUCUACCCUUGUUGUCCAGAACCGUUUCCAGACGUGACCUUCACCAUUCAUUUGCGUCGCCGGACACUGUACUACACACACAAUGUCAUCAUCCCGUGUGUCAUGUUGUCCUCUCUGACCUUGCUGGUGUUCUGGAUGAGUCCAGAUUCAGGGGAGAAGGUCACGCUUGGUCUCACCGUCCUGCUGGCAUUUUCUGUCUUUAUGUUGCUGAUAGCCGAGAACAUGCCAGCAACAUCCAACUUUGUUCCUCUCAUUGGUAUGUACCUGACCACAGUUAUGGGGAUCACGUCUGUUUCAGUUAUGCUAGCUGUUCUCAUUUCCAACAUAAGCCACGGUGGUCAAUACGAGAAACCAGUCCCAAAACUUCUCCGUGGUCUCACCAUAGUCCUGGGCAAAAUUAUGUUCAGGAAGCUACACUUCAUUAAAUCUUUCUCCGGCGACGUCAGAGUCACUUCCCCUGCUCCUCUAAGGACAUCUCGGACCAUAUACCGCGUAAGCAACGGCAACCACGUCUCCAGUGACUCUGGCUGCGGCCUACUCGAGUACGAGCUUGGUGAGAGCCCUGGCAGUGGCGAAUCUUUAGGAAGAAAUCACAAUCCCAACCCGAGAAUACCGCCCCAGACCCACGAGAAACGCAAGCUGGGCCAGCCCAGAGAGGACGACGUGGAGACACUAUUGCAUCUCCUGAAGAAAGUUCUUCUGAAGGAGCAGGAGAAAGACUCCAAUGUGGAAAUCAAGCUUCAGUGGGAAGAGGCGGCCCAGGUCUUGGACAAAUUUCUUUUUUACAUCUUCCUUUUGUUGACAGUGACCGCCUCUAUUGUGACUCUGGUCAUUAUGCCCAUGACAAAACCAGAGACGCCAACUCUGGUCAAAUACUCAUAGGAUAAAUGACAAAUCUGGACAAGUGGUUGUGCUCUUUUGUUUAAUUGUUGUCAUAAGUUUAUACAAUCGACUUAUUUUAUGUAAAUAAAUUCAUUCAUUUCGUUACCCCGCCCUUUUUACUUUUCAGUGAAUUUCUGUUAGUUAUAGUCAGAGAAAUGCCAAGACAUUGCAUUGGAAAUAGCUGAAUAAACUUACAUUUCGCACAUAUAGUAGAUAUACUAGAAAUCGAACCAGAUUAUGGAUCAACUAGGUGCUUUGACUUGAUGAUAACAUCCUUAAACCAGCUCUUCUUAUAACCUAUAAAGGAAUCAAUCUUUUAGAUUAUGGAGUCUACACCAUUAUUUCAAUGCCUCAAAUUGACUGUCUAUAUGAUUAGUCGCAUAGUUAACUAUCCAUGGGUAGACCGAACUGGUUGCAUUUUGACAUUGCCUGUGAUGGAA